UCUAAAAUUUAAUGUCGUCCGAGAACAAUCCAAAAAAUGAUAAAGAUUCGACGACGAACUUAAUGAGGUUGUUCAAGGUGCAACCUGAUCAUCAACUGGUCACUAGACAAGAUCUGACGAGGGACUAUAACAGUGGGACUUCUGCGAGAUCGUUGAACUCAGAUGACGAAGACGAAAAUGACGACAAUGACGACGACAACAACAACUUUAUUUCCAUUAACAAUUAUUACACUUGGAACUCGUCCAUAACGAACGCUUCUAUUCACAAGGAAAGAGCGGCAAUCAUGUCGGCGUUGCACUCGGCCGAGUCGGUGCCGAUUCCGUCUUUGUCGGCGCCGUCAUCGUCCUCGCGGCCGCUGGCGUCCAAGAGCUUCACAAAAUCGCACCGGGUCCAGGACAUCGUGGCCAUGUGCUCGGACGAGCGGAGUGCGUUUUCGACGGAAGAUUAUCACAACGAGUCCGGGCACUCGGACGACUGGCCACAGGCCACGGGCGCGGGCGGUUCGAAUCUGUGGACGAGCGCUUCGCACCAUAGCUCGUCGGCCACGUCCACCGCGUACAGUAGCAGCGACGGUGACGACGAAGCCGGCAGACGAGACGUGACCAACCACAACGCGGCGCAAGCGACGAACCAUCGUCAGACGCCUAGGCCUGCGUCCGCGGCACCUCCGCGACCGCUUUCCAUAUGGCAUUGGACGUUCGGUCUGUUCAGAAAGAAAUGACCAGAAGGUGGCGAUCCGCCGGAGGCACUUACCGGCACAGCAAUGUGAACAAUAAUAAAACUAAUGCGAAAAUCGUAUGUUCAGCUGCUUUGUGUGCGACAAACGAAAAUAAUCGCCGGAGUCACCGGACUUUUAAUUGGGUCAACCGUUAUGAGACUAAGCUUUAACCGGACACGCCGAAAGUUCCCUCAGAAUGGUUACCUUAUGCGUGUUCAUGCCCUAAAUUAUCCAAAGUUAAAAUGACGUUGAUGAUCGAGGCACAAGUCCGAAAAACCCGCUCAGGUUGAUCUCCCGCACGGGCCAUAACGAGUUACAAGCCCAUGCUCUUUGUUGUGCUCUGUUUUUUUUUUUAAAUUUUACCAACAAAAUCAUCAACUUUUAGACAUUAUGUUAUACAUUCCCGGUGACUUAACGCCUCAAAAAUACGCUGACUAUUUUUAGUUAAUAAGUACAUACACUAUUACCUAUAUUAGCGAUGAGUUCAAAUUUUCUAUUCCAUACCGUAAGAACGUAAGAAGAAUAACAUAAUAUAUAGAACGGUUGAAAUAUUAAAUUUAAAUGGUUCUG